AUGGAAAAGAAAAUAACUAAUGACUUGCUUGGGAUCAUAAGAGCCUUAUCAUGUCUCCCAUGCUCCAGACCUUUUCUUAAGCCUGUCGACGUAAUCGCAUUAGGCAUCCCAGACUAUUUGACUAUCAUUGAUCGGCCAAUGGAUUUAGGCACAAUUAAGACAAAACUAAUGAAAAAAGAAUACACAGACAAGCAGCAAUUUUUACAGGACGUUUACCAGAUUUUCGAUAACUGUAGGAGAUAUAACACUGACCCAAGAAAUCCAGUCAGAGUUUUAUGUGAAGACUUGCAAACACAAUUUGAGCUACAAUGAACAAAGCUGGAAGACGGGAAUAAGGCAAAAAAUAUAUAGGUUGAUAAAAAUAAAGAAGACAUCACUAUAACCAUACCUAAUAAAAGGGAGCCAGAAAAUACCAUUGAGGUUAAAAGAUUAUCAAGUGCCUCAAGAAAACAAAAAUCAUCGUCAAUCAUAAAAAUCCCAAAUUUUGAUAUGGAGAGGACUGAGGAAAAAGUCAGAGAAAAAAAGCCAAAAAGAGAAAAAAUAGUAGAAAAACCUAUAGAAAAGCCUGUGGAGAAAGUAAUAGAAAAACCAAUUGAAGAAAAUUUUAAAAAAUUUGAAAUUCAGGUUAAUACAAAUAUUGAGGAGCCUGACGAGGUUUUUAAAGAAGAAUUUGAAGAGCCAAUAAAGGUGGAUAGCAGUGAAACUUCUGUACAAAUUUUUAUACCUCCUCAGCCACCUUCACCUCCUGAAGCACCUGUCUCUCCGCCGGCUGCUCCUCAAAAGACUGCCCAAGAGUUAUGAACGGUGCCAAUCCAAAAAAAACGAAAAAAUGAGGAAGUUAUUUAUGAAGAGGAGCUUAAUUAUGACAAAUUGUUAGGAAGGGACGAGUCUGAUAGUAUAAUCAAGCUUAAAAUCCCAGAACUUCCACAAGAAGAAAUAGAAAAUAACGAAGAUGCUCCAGCACCUAUUAAAUUUGAUAGUAACGAAUAUAUGAAGGCUGUUCUGCAGCCUAUGGUUGAUGCAGAUACCAAGAGAAAGCUAAGAAGCAUUCUAUAUAAAACUAUGCUGGCAGCUUAA